AUGAAUCAGAAAUCCUUUAUUAUUACAUUUACUUUGUUUGUAUUUUUUUUCCUUAUACAUUUUGAAAAAACUUACGGAUGUCAUCCUGCUGGUCUUUAUGGUUGUGACAAAGAUGUUUGUAAAUGUGAUACUUUUUCAAUAACUGAUGCCAAUAUGUUAUCAAAUAAGAGUCUCAGUAUCACGGUUAAAAGUAAUGAUGGUUCCCAUUCACAAGCAUUCGGCCACUUUACCAUGAAUGAUGAUGCUGGCGGCAAAUAUAGAUUUCUGCACAACCCACAUUUCGUUAAUGGCUGUGAAUGUAAAGGUGAAGGUCCUAAUACUGUUGAUCCAUUUACAUCUAACUGGCCAUAUACUAUUGAUACGCCUCCAGGAGGGACUUGGUUUGAUGUUUGGGUUACAGUAUAUUGGAAAUGUGAUUUUGGUAAAAUUGGUGACGUAGAUUGUUGUACCACAGCUUUACACUAUCGAGGUUAUGUCAAAUAAGUUUACUUAAUCAGAUUUAUUCUCGCGAAAUUUGAGACGCAGUUAAUUUAAUAUUACGUAUUUGAAAUUAAAUUUAUAUACCUCACUUAAAAUUCAUUGGCGAUAUUUUGUGAAUUAACUAAGUAUUUAAUUUUUGCUUUAUUUCUUAUAUAUUCAUUUUUAUGGUCCAUCCUUCUAUUUUACUGAAUAUUUUGUUUUGCUUAAUUCUUUUAAUAUCAUUAAACUGGAGAUAUGGAAAUAUUACAUCUUUAUAAUCAUUAAUA